AUGAGUCCGUCAAAGCGUCCUAAAAACCGUAUGACCGAACAAUUGAAAUAUUGUUCAAGUAUUAUUAGAGAUCUGUUUCAUAAAAAACAUUCGGCAUUUGUUUGGCCAUUUUAUAAACCGGUUGAUGUCGAACAACUUGCACUACAUGAUUAUCACGAUAUUAUCAAAAAACCAAUGGAUUUAGGAACAGUAAAAAAAAAAUUGGAAAAUCGUGAAUAUGCUACACCCGAUGAAUUUGCUAACGAUGUUCGAUUAAUAUUUUCAAAUUGUUAUACAUACAAUGGACCAAAUACAGAUGUUGUACAAAUGUGUAAAAAGGUUCAACAAUUAUUUGAAAGUAAAUAUGAAAAAAUGCCAAAUGAACCACCUCCACGCAUCAUCAAAGAUGAACUGAUAUCUACAGAUUUAUCAUCAAGAAUGACUGGUCCACAACAAUCAUCAUCAACAACAGCAGCCAAAAAAUCGACUGAUUUAAGUAAAAAACGUUCUCGUCAUCGUCACUCAUCACAACAUCCGGCCAAUUCAUCGUCAGUUAUGUCGAGUUCAGAUGACACUGAUCAAAGUUCAACAGAAUUUGAAAGUGGUGACGAUGAUAAAAUUAGACAAUUAUCAAAUUUACAUGAUCAGGUAAAAGUUAUAAGCGAAACAAUAAUUCAAAUGCUAGGACGUGAAAGAGAACGUCUAGUAUUGAAACGUAAACGUCAUGGUAAAGUAAAACGUUCAAAUAAACCAAAACCAAAAAUAUUUGCGCAUUCUCGUCACCAAGCAGCAGCAGCCAAUGCUAUUUCAUCAUCUGUAACAACCAUGCGAGCAAUGAAUAACGAUAUUAAUGAAAAAUUACACUCGACACCGUCGAAUAUGCAAUUAAAUCCCGCUGCUUAUGCCACGUCAACAAUGCCUUUGGCAACAAGAAAUCCGCCUGGAAUUAUCGCAACAGGAACAAAAGUCAACAGUAAACAAACACAACCACCAUCGACCUCAGUCACUGGUUUAUUAACGCCUACAACACCGUAUUCACUUCCAGGUGGACCACAAACAAAUGGAUUAUUUCCACAGUUUCCAGCGGUUGCUGGAAAACAGCAACCGAUGGUCGGUCAGUCGACUAUGCCAAUGUUACAACCACCACCAUCAAGAGGAAAAGGAUCGAGAGGAGGAGGUGCUGGACAAGGAGGAGCAAGACGCAAACAAACAAAAGCGCAGAUGAUUCAACAUACAAAUGCACUGGCUGCUUUAAAUUCAACCGUCGCUCCAAAUCCAAUAGCGGACAACGAAGAUGAAGAAAAUAAUGCUAAGCCGAUGACGUAUGAUGAAAAACGACAAUUAAGUUUAGAUAUAAAUAAACUGCCAGGUGAAAAACUUGGCAGAGUUGUACAGAUCAUUCAACAACGUGAACCAUCGUUACGUGAUUCAAAUCCAGAUGAGAUCGAGAUUGAUUUUGAAACAUUGAAACCGUCAACAUUAAGAGAACUAGAGUCUUAUGUUAAUUCAGUUUUGAAGAAAAAACCACGAAAACAAUAUCCCUCAGCAACAGCCGAUAAACGUUCAUUAGCUAAAGUUCAAAAUGCUCAACGUAAAGAAGAAUUAGAAGAAAAAUUAAAAACUGUUCAAACACAAUUAGGAGCAAAACCAAAGCAAUCGUCAACAAAUACUAUGAAGAAAAAAGACGACUCAUCGAAUGUUGCAGUGAAUCCAUCUCAAAUACAUUCAGGUGGCAAUGCUGGUACCACAUUAACGUCUGCUGGUGUAGGUGGUGGCAUGGGAACAGCACCACAAGUAUCUGGUGGACGAUUAAGUGAUAGUUCAGCAUCAGAUUCCGGCUCAGAUUCAUCACGUAAUGGUGAUGAUACUGACAACAUCGAAGAAUCGAAACAAACCAAUGUAUCGGUUACUACAGCUAAUAAUAAUAAUAAUAAUACAGCCACAAAAACAAUGGGUGGACAGAUUGCUACAAAAGUGUCUGAUGAACGUGUUCCAUCGCCGAUGCGAACUGAAGUGAAGGAUGAUGAAAAUGUUGUUAAUGGUAGUAGUAGUGGCAAAAACUAUACCACGACAAUUGCUCAUGAUUCAGUAAAUUCAGCAACUACUAUUCCUGAUAUAGAUGCUCAUCUUCCAUUAUCAAAUGGUCUUAUUGAAUCAUCGGAUCAGCGUCCUCAUUUUUCCCUUGAAAAUGAUUUAUCUAAUGAAUCGAUACAUAAUCAACAAAAUAAUAUUUCACCAGAUGAAAAGAGAAUGAAUGAUGAUACAUUACCAAGGGAUACAAGUUCAUCAAAAUUACAUUUAUGGAAAGAUCAAGGUUUUCUUCAACGAAUGCAACAAACAACGACAUCAAAAACAACACAGCCCAAAGUACAAUCACAAAACCUCACGCAUCAAUUUGAUUUAUUUGCCAAACAAGCAAAAGCGAAAGAAGAAAGAGAAAAACUAUUCAAAGAACAAGAAGCAAAACAACGUGUGGAAAAAGAUAAACAAACUGCACCAGCAACAACAUCAUCAACUACAGCUUUGAAAAAAGAUCAAGAUAAAUCUGAGCGAAUUAAUGGUCAAUCUCAAGGUCUCACGUCAUCUCUAUUGUCUACUAAACAAUCAUCGAGAAAUUUAUCCGAUGCUUCACCUUCUCCACCACUACCGCAACCUCCAACAUUACAAACUUCUCUAUCAUCAGCAUCAUUAACACCUGAUGCCGGAACAACAGUUGAAGAUGAACAACGACGAGUACGAGAAGUAGCAAGAAAACGUGAAGAAGAUAGAAAACGAAGAGAAUUACAGCUAUCCACUGCUCCACUUCCAUCGUUUAAUCGUGAUAUGAUGCUCGAAUUUGAAUCUGGUUAUAGUUAA